ACUCAUAUUUAUUCAUUAUUUAUUAAUGAACAUGUAUUCAUUCACUCUUCUGGUACGCGUGCUUUUCAUUGCAACGUUGUUAUUUCACAUACCAUCAACGUGUCACGCAUACAAGCCGAUACUUUACAUGCAUGGAAUACUUGCCACCUCUUCUGAAGGCGACAUGCUUAAAGGCUGGAUUGUACAGGACCAGCCUGGCACGGAAGUGUUGAGCAUAAACGCGUACAAUGGCGCGGACAGCGUGGUCAAUAUUAUGGAGCAGAUUCAGGUUGUAGGCCGCCAGAUGAAGACAUUCAUGGACAAACAUUCGGGAGGCGUCAACAUGAUCUGCUUCUCACAAGGCGGUGUGAUAUGUCGCGGCGUUUUGGAGCAGCUGGUCCAUAACGUUGAUACGUUCAUCUCCGUCAGUUCACCGCAGGCCGGCCAGUUUGGAGAUACCACAUACCUGAAAUAUCUAUUUCCACAUCUUUUACGGGACGAAGUUUAUAAAGUGGCCUACUCGAACUUCGGACAAAACAUAUCAGUUGGAAAUUACUGGAAUGACCCGCGACACCAGGACAUGUACCUAGAGUGGAGCAGAUUUCUCGCUGUCGUUAACAAUCAGUCAGUUAACCCACUAAGUCAAGACUUUAAGAGCAAUUUUCUCCGCCUAAAUCGGUUGGUAAUGAUAGGAGGUCCAGAUGAUGGAGUUAUCACGCCUUGGCAGUCCAGCCACUUUGGAUUCUUCGACGCCAACUUGAAUGUCAUCGAGAUGGAAAACCAGCCGUGGUAUAUUGAUGAUUGGUUCGGACUGCGGACGUUGGCUGGACGGGGCGGGCUGGUGACGCACGUGGUACCUGGGGUGUCCCACAGACACUGGAUCACCAACCACACCGUCUAUAGGCGAUACAUACUCCCAUACCUCCAAUAAACAUACAGAUAAAUCCACUGGUUAUUUCUGUAUGAUUAAAAUCUUGAUCAAAUGAUUAGUUAUUUUUAUUACUCAGUUGUCACAGAGAAGAAAACUACACCUGUCAAUAAAAAAUAUAUUCACCACCUGUCAAAAAUAUAUAUUUACUCUUGUAGAUAAAUACGCCAUGUAGUGGUAUCUGAUAUGCUAUGCAUGCUCUGAUAGGCUCCGCCUACCAGCUAGUAGUCAACGAAUAACAUUUACUGCAUUAUAUUUAUGUAUUUCAAGAAUCAUGGUUUGUUGUUGUAAAACUGGUGUAGAGAAUAAGCCUAUUAAAGAAAUCCCGUUUCUGUUA